UAGCUUUGUGAAGCAUCGAGCAAUGGCAAAAAAUUUCUUUACAGCAGCAACCAUCUCAGCAUUUUGCUAGCUCGAGCCCAAAGGAAAGCAGCUAACUAACAGGAAAACAAUGAUACAGCACCCAACAAAUUCAAAUGGGAGGAGGAAAACUUUGCCAAAAAAUAGUUCUUGUCCAAGUUUGUUUGCAGAAAUGCAUCUGGAAAUACAUCCAAAAGAAAAUGAAAGAAGGAAGGUUCCUGCUAAUACAUAUUGUACUGACAAACAUUUCACAAAGAGGGGACAGGAUGAGUUAAAAUUAUCCUCCAAACUAUCUGAUGCGGAUGAAGAUGUUUAUGAGACAGUAAGUUCUUCCACUCUGGAGGCUGUCCAAGAUUUGAGAAUCCUUCCUCCCAAACCUCAACAGGAUUCCGUAUACGCAGAUAAACAUUGUCUGAAGCCUUCAGGUACUACCCACACAAGCAGUCACCCACCUCAGCCCACUCAGUACUUGCCUAAACAUACGUCUGCUCUAGAGGCGAGGAGCGUGUCAAAUGUUGAAGGAGAAAGAGUGAAAACACACGGACUCCAGAAACCCUUGCCUCCCCCACGGCCUCUGAAGACACUGCCAAAACAGUAUCAUCCACUUCCUCCAGCACCGAAGAUAAGCAGCCAUGUCCUCCACACCAGGGAAACACCCAGCCAGUCUCAUACUCCUCCAGUAUCAGCAAAGCCCACAAGGCAUCUAUCUUUUAGAGACCUGAAUGAAGCAUCUGGAAGAGAUAAAGAUACAAAAAAGAAACUUGAAUUGAUUGUACAAGAUCAACAGUAUAAAGCAAAGUAUCUUCCUAAAACCAGCUUUCAAUACACACAGAGCUCCAAAAAUGUUUGCAGCUCAGGGUCCACUGUAAAUGCAGAGAAUUUGUCAGUCAAGAGGUCACCGCCUCCCAUACGCUACACAGCAUAUGAAAAUAAACCGAAACAUUCACUUGUAAAAGAGGAAAUGGAAUAUAUUGCCCAACCCACCCAAAAGGACUUAAACAAAUAUGAAUGGUACGUGGGAGAAUACGAUCGCCACGAAGCGGAGGCAGCGCUGCUGGAGGAGAACACUGAUGAGACUUUCUUGAUUAGAGAUUGUUCAAAGAAAUCAAACACCGAACCAUAUGUUUUGGUUGUCUAUUAUGGAAGAAGAGUAUACAACAUUAAAGUACGUUUUCUGGAAGACAGUCAACAGUAUGCACUGGGGACAGGGCUCAGAGGAGACGAUAAAUUUAAUUCUGUGAAAGAUAUAAUUGACUUCUAUAAAUAUGUUCCCAUCACACUCAUUGAUGGAAAGGAUAAAACAGGAGCCCAAAGAGUACAAUGCUACCUUACACAUCCAUUAAAGCUGUGCAAAAGACGCAUCUUACCUUAACAUCACCAGCUUUUGAAUAAAUAUAAAUAGAACAAUUAUUUAAAUGUGUAAGAAGCCAGGUUAACCUUUGAGUGAUCAGCUCUCCAUAUUACAAAGACUUCUGCAUGUUCUACUACAUCUUCUCUCCAACUUGUAUUAUAGUUCCAAUUUUGAAUUCUUGCAAUAUGUUUUUAUCUAGAAGAUGUAACAAAACUGAGGACACAGGUAAAGCAUGUCAUUGUAUUAACUCACAUACAAGCAUUAAGAGACUGACUCCUGAUACUCUGACAAUGGUUGAGCAAUUUGCUUAUCUUGCUUUGUACCUAACACAAGAUGAAAAUCAAACUCAGUCUUGCUUACUUGAGUGUCACUGAAGCUCAUUCAGUAGCAAAACCCAAUAAAAUAUUCUGUAUUAAAAAAGUGUAUUCUUUCCUUUAAAAAUACACAUAAGACACUAUUUGGGUAUUCGCUGUUUAACACUUUAAUCCUGUACAUGUGUGUAUCUGCACAAUAAAAAUCCCUGCUUGGCAGCCACUGAAAUCAAUGGGUGUCAGCUGAUGAUCCAAAGUAUUGGACCAAAUCCUAAGGACACCUUUAAUGACGAAAGGUCUAUUGCUUAACAUAUAACCUUUAGCUCAAGCAGCAACUAUUUGUAUUCCACAUUUGAAUGCUCAAACACACACAUUAGGACCAUUAAAGAAAUAGCCCCUCCAAAGUCUUACCACGUGCAAGGAUACAGAUAAAAACCAUCAGCAGAAACAGUAGAAAAGUUUCCAACUUACCUAAAAAUGUUCCAGAAUGUAUCAAAGCAGACAAAAUGGUGAAGUAUUUUUCCAGCAAAAAAUGCAAUAUCUAUUCAUACAAUUUAAGUUUUGGAAAGUUUCACCACGAAUGUGAAAGGAAAGUACUGACUGUAAGCAUCAAUGAACAUCUUUUCUCACUUUGACAGGGUAAUUGGAAGAAUUAAAACAUUAAAGCCCAGACCAUGAGAUUCCAACCCAACUUAUGAUGCACUGUGCUGUGCAGUGGCACAAACUAGAACCAAACUAAUCUGAGCAGUUGGUUGCUGACUUCCUUGCAACCUUUUCAUUUCUCCAGGCUGCAUCAUAACACAAAAGAACAUUCAUUGUACUUACGUCUCUCAAACCACUGGGACUAUCAAACUUGGAGGAAACUAUUUUGACAUGACACUAUCUAACCAUGGGAGUUCUGCUGAGUUUGGCAGAACUCAAAAAGGAAAUGAGGCAUGACAUAAUCUGCUUUCAGGCUUUUAUAGUCACCAUACAAUUUAACUUACGAAAGGAAUUUACAUUAAAAGAAAAAUAUUUUUUUCUAAGUUAAACCCACAAUAAAAAAGAACAGCUUAACAAUUCAGACAGCAGACGAUGUCAGAGACACACAAAGCUUCGUAGAUGCUCACCAAAACAGCAAAGUUGCUUACUAUAGACACAC